AUGACCCACUCGGACCAGGUCGAUUCUGACAAAUUGACACUCCAGCACCGGAUAGCCAUGCUAGAAGCUCGGCUUGGCGAAUCGAGUUCAUCACAGCCAUCAAACCAAGCGGGCACCAAUCUGGAGGGUCUUUUGGUUAUGCUCGAGUCUCUCUCGCAUGGGAAACCCCCUGCCCCCACCGACCUAUCCGAGAAGACGACUAUUGCUCCACUCUAUAAACCCGGAAGGCCGGUCUUUCUCAUGCUCAUCCCUGAUCGGACUUCCAGUCAGCAGAUCGUGAACUUCGCUCUAACGAAUUUGAGCUGGAUUCACUGUGCGAUCAGGACAAAAGUAUUCCAACACGAACAUGAGGCUUUCUGGCAAUCCAUCGAAAAGGGCAAUGAUACUGCCUCCGCAAAUGAUCAUGGCUGGCUAUCCGUUUACUUUAGUCUCUUGACUGUGGGGUUGCUAUACAUGGACCCGGAAGAGCGACCAAUCCUACACCGUCUCAAUGGUUUCGAGGAAAAUGCCGGCCAGUCAGACAUGGAAAGUGAGCGGGGCUGGCAUAUCGCUCGGAUGUGGUACGAAGCCGCAAUCAAAGAGCUUGAGGCUUCGAAUCCAUUGACCAAGGCAGACUUGAAGACAGUCCAAACAGUAGCAAUAUUGACUUUGGCUCACAGUCAUUUUGGUCAAAUGGAACAAGAGUAUCUGCUCUUAGGUUUGGCAACGAAUACUGCCAGAGCUCUGGACAUGCACCUGCUGGCCUCCGAGGACCACUUUUCACAGAGAUUGGCAUCGCAGCCAAAUUGGGCUACUCUAGAGAAUCGUCAGUUGGGGCGUCGCUUGUGGUGGACCCUGGUAAUUUGCGACUGGCUAGGGAUGUUUACGCGACCAUCGUCUAUUUCACCCUCAAGCUUCAACACGGCAUUGUCACCGCAGCCAUGUGACAAUGAUGACCUCCUUAUGGAAAAUGUAAUGCUUGAAACCACAGAUAUACCGGCACUUCGGUAUCAUCUCGCCAUGUCAAAACUCGCCAGUGUCAUUUACAUCAAUGUAAAGGCUCCACGUGAUCUUAACACAGAUAAAUUCACCGUGGUCCUUAAGCACGUAGAGACAAUCGAAAAAUCAAUGGCCCGCCGAACGAUCACCCUAUCAACCAACACUCCCAGCUGGGUUGCAGCGCAGGAGCACCUCAUUGGACACACGAUUCAAUUGCUCUCGGUGACCAUAGCGCGAGCUUCCUUGGUUCUUUGGCUCUUGGGCCGUCCAAAUACGGAGCCAAUUAUCGAACGCGGAUUGAAGAGUGCGCUGAAAAUUCUACACAUGCGCCAACAGCCGGUCCCACGCUUGUAUCAGUGUCAUUGGAUUAUUUCAGCCGCUACAUUAGCUGCGGGAGUCUAUCUAGCCGUCCAUCUGAUUUGUUUCAAAGAGGCAACAGUUUCAACACAAGUCACCGAGCGUCGAAGGUUGAUCCGUUACUGCAUCAGUGCUAUUCAGUACCCCAACGCAAGCACGCCAUUGGCAAUUCAAGGGUCACAGAUGCUCGAAAUCCUUUUGCAAAUAGAACUGCAUAGCCCCAGCGUUGCCUCGACCGACAGGUCCACUGUGAUCAAUCUGUUGAAGAUGGCUUUCCAGAAUGAAGGGCCUUCAAUUGAUCCCAUUAAUGAAUAUGGCACCAUGAUGCCUACUGCUCUUGACUCUUCCGCAGAUGAGCUUGGCCUUCUUUGGCCAACUAUGAUGGGUGAUUUCAGCUUGGAUGAGCUGCUUCCGAAUAUGGAUUGGGGGAAUAUGGAUGGUCAGUGGGCAGGGAUGAAUUUUGAUUAA